AUGAAGCACCAAGUGCUGGGAGCCGCAUCCCCAGCCAGGAAGCAUCAGGGACAUCCCGCAGGCGAAACCGCUCCCGCCGGCAACGUCAGACCCCAGAUCCAGCCGGCCGGUCCAGAAGUCCCCUUGACAGGAACUGCACGCCACCACCGAGUGCUGGGAGGUGAAACUCAAGGGAGACAGCAGCCAGGACUUCCCAAAGGCAACAGCACUCCCGCUAGCAGCGUCGGACACGGAACUCAUCCACCAGAUCCAGAAGUCCCCACGACAGGAGCCGUGUUAGAGCACCCAGUACUGCCAGGCGCACUCACCGGUGGGACGGUGAGACACGGACCCACCGCUGAGACAUCCCACGUCAGACAGGGAGGAGGAGGCCCGGAAGGGAGAGAGCCAGCAUGCCUGCUGUGUCGGAGAUCAGAGGCUGACCCGGACAUCUGCGGGGAAAAUCUCCAGAUAAAUGGGCUCUGUGCCCACGAGUUCUGCCUGGUUUUUGCCAGCCACCUUCAUCUGCACAAUGAUGAUCAAGUAGGAUUCCAGGGCUUUCUCCCAAGGGAUAUUCUAGAUGUAGUCUCCCGGGAAGCACAGAAGAGCUGCUGCAUCUGUGGCCAGAGCGGGGCCACCAUACCCCAAAUUCAUCCAGCAGAUCCUGAAGUCACCGUGACAGGAGCCGUGUUAGAGCACCCAGUGCUGGGAGCUCCACUCACCAGUGGGACGGUGAGACAGGGACCCACCGCUGACACGUCCCACGUCAGACAGGGAGGAGGAGCACCCGAAGGGAGGGAGCCAGAAUGCCUGCUGUGUCAGAGAUCAGAUGCUGACCCGGACAUAUGUGGAGAUAAAAUCCAGAAACAUGGGAUCUGUGCCCACGUGUUCUGCCUGUAUUUUGCCAGCAUCCUUGAUCAGCAAGAGAAUGAACGAGUAGGACUUCAGGGCUUUCUCCCAAGGGAUAUCCUACAUGCAGUCAACCGAGCGGCACAGACGAGCUGCUGCAUCUGUGGCCAGAGUGGAGCCACCAUCUCCUGCUGUGAAACAGACUGUGACCUGAGCUUUCACCUGCCCUGUGCCAAGCAGGGAGGCUGUGUCACCCAGUUCAUUACACCGUACAGCUCCUACUGCCCCGCACACAGCCCACAGCAGGCAGUGGAGGCGACUCCAGAGCCGGGCACCGAAUGCCUCAUCUGCAUGGAGCCUGUGGAGGACAGAAAGACCUUUAACACCAUGGUGUGCCCAGCCUGUAAAACCACCUGGUUCCACAGGGACUGCAUUCAAGUAGGAGUGUUCCCUAACCCGAGGGACACAGCAGGGGCUCAGCAGCACCAGGGCUCACUCUCACUACUUGUGUUUGUCCUGCAGGGACAGGCUCUGCGCUCUGGAUUUUACUCCUUCCAGUGCCCCAUCUGCAGAAACAGGCCGGCAUUUCUCGGGGAGAUGUUCACCAUGGGGAUCCGAAUCCCCUUCAGACCACCAACAUGGGAGGAGAAUGAUGCGUUCGCCGAGCUGUUAGACAGACACAGGCGCUGUGAUGCCAGUGAGUGCUUUUAUCCAAGAGGCAGGCAGGAGGCAGAGGAACAGGGGCCCUGGGAACUGCUCCUGUGCUCCUCCUGUGCUGCCGAGGGCACUCACAGAUACUGCUCUAGUGUGCGGAACACCAUAACCGGCUGGGAAUGUGACAACUGUGCUCGCCAGAGCAGCCGCAGACGCCGUGGCACGACAGUCUGCAUGGACAACUGUGAUUGUGACAGCUGUGCUGAGAACUUCACAUCCUCCAGUGAAUUCUCAAUCCUUGCUAGACUCAUGGAGGAGUCUCCUGCUGUGUCAACAGAAGACGAGACCAUCAACCCCAGCACCAGCCAACAGGCAGCAUCAGAGCAGUCUCUGGAAUCUCCCUCAGAGGAGACGAGCAGCCCCAGCCUCUAUAGUCGGGUAACAUCAAGGCCAUUCCACAGCAACAUCCCAGAAACUGAGGACAGCAGCUGCUCUCGCAGUCGGAGGCCUGACCGCCGGCAAAACCGCACCCGCCGGCAAAGUCGGCCCCAAAAUCCACAUCGGUCCAGAAGUCCCCUGGACAGGAGCCAUGUGCCGGAACCAACUGCUGCGAGGUGCAGGCCCAGGGAGAGACAAUCAGGGCCAUCCUGCAGGCGAAGACGCUCCCGCCGGCAAAGUCGUCCCCAAAAUCCACACCUUCGGUACCCGAGUCCCUAUGACAGGAGAUGUUCACCACACCUCCGGUCCCCGAGUCCCCAUGACAGGAUUUGUUUGCCACCACCACCGAGUCCUCGGAGGCGCAGCCGCAGCGAGGAGGCUUCAGAGACAUCCAGCAACCGAAACCGCUCCCGCCAGCAACGUCGGCCCCAAAAUCCACACCUUCGGUCCAGAAGUCGACGUCACAGGAGCCAUGUGAGAACACCAAGGGAUGGGAGCUGCACCUCCACCCAGGAAGCAUCAGAGACAUCCCGCAGCCGAAACCGCUCCCGCCAGCAACGUCGGCUGCAAAAUCCACGCCUUCGGUCCAGAAGUCGCCGUGACAGGAGCCAUGUCCCAACACCAAGUACUGGGAGGCGCAGGCCCAGCCAGGAAGAAUCGGGGACAUCCCGCAGGCGAAAUAGCUCCCGCCGCCAAAGUCGGACCUCAAAUACAUCUGGCCGGUCCAGAAGUCCCCUUGACAGGAACCGCACGCCAGCACCGAGUGCUGGCAGGCGAAACUCAAGGGAGACACCUGCCAGGACUUCCCAAAGACAACAGCACUCCCGCCAGCAGCGUCGGACCUCAGAUUCAUCCAGCAGAUCCAGAAGUCGCCGUGAUGGGAGGCGUGAUAGAGCACCCAGUGCUGGGAGCCCCGCUCACCGCUCAGACGGUGAGACAGGGACUCCCCACUGAUGGGUUACAUGUCAGAGAGGAAGGAGGAGGCCCCCGAAGGGAGAGAGCCAGCAUGCCAGCUGUGUGGACGAUCAGAGGCUGACCCGGACGUGUGGAGAAAAAAUCCAGAUGAAUGGGCUCUCUUUCCACAAGUUCUGCCGGGUGAGUUGCUUCAUGUUUUGACAGGCAGUCCCUGCCACUCUCUCCUCAUCAGUGCGUGUCCUUUUUUCUACAGGUUUUGCCAGCCACCUUCCUCUGCACAAUGAUGAUCAAGUAGGAUUCCAGGGCUUUCUCCCAAGGGAUAUCCAAGAUGUAGUCUCCCGGGAAGCACAGAAGAGCUGCUGCAUCUGUGGCCAGAGCGGGGCCACCAUCUCCUGCUGGGAAACAGUCUGUGACCUGAGCUUCCACCUGCCCUGUGCCAAGCAGGGAGGCUGUUUCACCCAGUUCAUUCCACCGUACAGCUCCUACUGCCCCGCACACAGCCCAGAGCAGGCAGUGGAGGCGACUCCAGAGCCGGGCACAAACAGAGACAUCCUGCAAGCGAAACCAUUUCUGGCAGCAAUAUCAGAGCCCCAAUACACAGAGCCAGUCCAGAAGUCAUCGUGACAGGAGCCACGUGAGAUCACCAAGGGCUGGGAGGUGCAACAGCGGCCAGGAAGAAUCGAGGACAUCCCAAAGGCAAAACCAGCAACGUCAGACUCCAAAUUAAUGCAGCCAAUCUAGAAGUUGCCGUGACAGGAGCCGUGUGGCCGCCCCAAGUGCUGGGAGAUGCACCCCCAUCCAGGAAGCAUGAAGAAGAUCACAGACGUGAAACCGGUUCUGUCAGCAACUUAUCAAAUCACUUCAAUAAAUGUAUAGGACUGCUUUUUAAAAUA